AUGUCUGCUGCUGAUAGAAAGAGAAAGAAGGUCAAAUUCUUCACUUCGGAUGUCAAGUCAUUGCUCUACGCUUUCGGGGAUGUUGAGAACCCAUUACCAGAGACUGUGAAUGCAUUAGAAGAUAUAUUAAUUACUUAUAUUAUUGAUACUUGUCAUGAAGCUUCAGCAUUUGCUAAAACCACAAAGAGACAGAAGAUAAAAGUUGAUGAUUUUAAAUUCGUACUACGAAGAGAUCCAGUUAAACAUGGUCGUGUCCAGGAAUUAUUAAAUUUACAAAAAAUCAUUCAAGAUGCAAGAAAACAAUUUGAUAAUAGUGAAGGUAAAUCAUUGAAGAAUGCAAAUUAUGUUGCUGAAGAUGAUGAUGAUGAUGAAAAGGGAAGUGAUAAAGAUGACGGUGAUGAUAAAGAAGAAUUAGAUCUUGGUGAUUUGACUACAACAUCGGUUAAUACUACAACUAAUGGUAUUCCAAGUAGUUCACAAAUUUCAAAUGAUACAAGUUUAAUAUCAACUACAACAAAGAAGGGUAAAAAGAAUGAUAAAACCGCUGAACAAGAUCCAAAAAAGAAACCAAAGAGAAAAUAUAAUAAAGAUCCUAAUAAGGAAAGAAAACCUUAUAAAAAAAGGGCUAAAAAGGGUGAACAACCAAAUGUUGCAACACCAAAAUGA